AUGGCCUACAACCAGAACCAGUACCCGCCGCAUGGCCAGCAGCAGCCACCACCGCCAGUGCAGACUCAGAAUCUUCACCACCACCAACAACAGCGCACCUUCUCACCGCAAAACUACCAGCACUCACCACCAGUCAUAUCUCCAACCAUGGGAAGCGGCAUCCCUCCGAACAAGCGGCAGCGACUGUCGCCCAACCCGCCAUCGCCCGCGCCUUACCAAUCCCCAUUUGCGAUUCCUAACGCGCCGACCUACCCUCCUUCACCAUAUACCACAUCUCCCCAGACGCCCGGCUAUAAUUCCCUACCGACCUCACCUGCCGCUAUGCACCCCCCGCCGUUCCACCAGCCGCAGCCUUACCAGCAUCCCAAUGCACCACAACCGGCGCCGCAGAGCUCUAUGCCCCCACCCAAGCUCCCGUAUAGCAAGACUGGAGACAGCUCCGAAUUAGAAAAGGCGAAUGCGCGCGACCUGGACGUUAACAACAUCAGCGAUGUACUUACUGGAUCCGGAAUUGAUUUACGCGCCGAGGAGGACAACUUGCUGCACAACUACAGGAGCUUCAACUCGCAGGCCACAGGAUCUACAGCGUCUGCGAAUAACAGUUUUAACAAUUGGGGUCAGCAAUCUGGCCAUGGCGCAUACCAAGGAACGGGCGCGCUCAGUCAGGAGAUGACGGAAGAGCAGCAACAGGCAGAGUUCAUCAGGAAGCAUGAACAAGCGGCUCGUAUUCUGAACGAGUCGGCACAGCAACCUCUAAACGACCCUUUCUUGUCUGCAAGUGUGCUCAGACAUAGGAUUGCGAAGCGCGGGUACGACCACGGCAUUUCCAUCAAUGUGGAUGGCUUGUUCGAUAAGAUACCGGACAAGGGCCAGCAGGAGAUUAAGCGCACCACUCGAGCCGGCUCAGACGGCGAGCAGAUUAUCGGAUUGGAGGCAGCAAGCUUACUUAACCAGAAUGCUCCGCUCGUGGAGAUCCUUACCUUAAUAUCGCUAGCUGCUGAAGAGCGCGUGCGGACCGUUGUGGAGGACGCGUUUGCUCUAUGUCAAGGCCGGCAGAACACUUCACAUGGCCUCAUCCCACCUCAACUGGUCGAUAUCGCAGUUGUAGAGCGGGAUGCUCAAGAGAAGAUGGCUCCGCCCGUCAACAUCUUGAAGACACCGUGGGAAGCGCCCGACAGUGCUGUCAGCCCCACGACUACAGCAAGCAAGGGUCUCCCAAAUGCAGCACGCCUACCAACACCCCCAAGCGAAGCGCCCCCCACACCACAAAGGACGUACCAGAACCCCAACCGCGUCGUCACAGCCCUCGUAAAGCGUGUAAACGACGACUACAAGUGGGAGCAAGAGCGCCUCCGCAAACGCACCCAACGCCAAGCAGGCGCAUCAGCAACACCAGCAGAUACCCCCGCCAUACCGAUACCCCUCCCCGAACCCGUAACCAAGAAAGCGCUCGCAGCAGCAAAAAAGCAAAGCCAAUCCGACGUGGUCGUCUUCGGCAAAGCAAACGAAACCGCCAGCAUGGCCCUCGGCGGCAAGAAGAAGAAAUACUCCUGGAUGACUGGCGGCGGCGGCGGAGGCGGAGGCGGAGGCGGCGCAGCAUCAGGUGUAGCAUCCGGUGCCUCAACUCCCCGUCCCACAGCCACAGCAGCACCCAGCGGCACCACUACUCCCACCGUGCAAGCCCCGGACAAGGCGCUCAUGGGCCGCAAGCGCAAAUUCGGCGAGGCCAUUGAACGGACUGACACGGGCGCUGUUUACGGUCGUGAUAUCCACAACUCUAAACAUUUUUUUGCAUUUAAGAGCGUUGGCGUUGAUCUCUUUCUCUUCAAUCUUGUCCGCGAGGGUCAUGGGAUUACAGCGGAUAAGAAGACAGGGAAGUGUGAGAGGAUACUUGAGUGA